GUUAUUUUCUUCAAUGUCCGACAAACGAGGUCUUGUGCUCGGCGUUUAUUCUUCCGAAGAUCAGGAAGAUGUAAAAUUUACUCAGUUUGCCCAGAAAUACAACGAAUCAACAGCCGGAAAGUUGUUGGAGCAGAUAAAAAUCUCCACUGUUAUGUUUUAAUUAAACAGAAAUUUCAAAAUAAAUAUUCCAUACACUGUAAGACAGAAGAAAUUUGAAAAGCAAAGCAGAAACCAGAAACAUAAGGAAAACUAUUGACGUACAAAUACACGUUACAUUCUUAUAUUUGGAAGUGGAUACGGCAAGCACAGAAAGGAGCGAAAAUUGGCAUCGAAAUGACAACCCGUAGGCAGCUGUCGGAUGUACAGUCUUCCUCCUCCAGUGGUGCUGGGACAAUGUCCGGUGGAGGAGGAGGAAUAACAGGAGUAGGAGGUGGAGGUUUAAGUGAUUCUAUUAUGUCUUCCUCGGGCAAGAAACGAAUGAAUGCACUGAAUGGAAUACCGGCAAGCAUUGAUGACAAAAGCAACGAUUUUUUGUGUCCUAUUUGUUUCGAUGUUAUCAAUGAGGCGCACAUCACGAAAUGUGGUCACACUUUCUGCCACCACUGCAUAGUCAAGUCAAUAGAAAUGACGAAAAAAUGUCCAAAGUGCAAUUAUACCCUACCAUCUCACGAGUCCAUUGUGCCGAAUUAUUUGCUCAACGACUUAAUCACCAAAUUCAAGUUAAAAUCAAAACGAAACGACUCAAGCAAUACCCAGUCGGGGGAUUCGGCCGAUACGCUGAAGCAAUUCCUGGCGACAGAAUCUAAGAAGCUCUCGUUAUCCGAUGUGAAUGUGAUGCUUGAGAUUCUGAACCAGAGAAAAGUACUGCUAGAGGCCGAAUCUUGCGCAGCUCAGAAUCGGUUAUUGCAUGAGUUUUUGAAGCACCUGCUACAGCAAAAAGAACAGCAACAGUUACAAAUAGCCAAUGAAAUAGCACUGAUAAAAAACGAUAUAAUGGACGUAGAGAAAAUUCUUAAAGAGGUGCAAAGUAGUUGCCCCACGGUAGAAGAAGUGGAAAACAGUGUCAAAGAUGAGAAAGACGAACAUGUUGUUGCUAUAAAGAAGGAGAUAAUUCAAAUAAUUGAUAAAAUUGAUACCAUUACCGUCCCAUCGAAUCGGAGCGAGACUUCAAGUGAAGGUUUCAAUUUAUAUAAAAACGACCCAAAAUCUUCUUCAUUUAUGGCCCGUAAACAGCGAAUGUAUCAACAUUUUGACGACUUCGUACAGUGUUACUUCGCAGCAAGAAGUGAAGAGUUAUACUUCGGAAAAGAUCGAUCAUUUAGCUCGGGAUCAUUGGACACAUCAACCCCGACGCGCUCUCUUGACACGACACGCUCUAGUCGGUCAUUGGAUACUUUUCGAGAAAAUUUAAUCAAGUUCUCCAAAUACAGCGCUCUUCGGCCGCUAGCUACACUUAACUACUCGUGUGAAUCUAGUUAUGUUUCUACAAUUGUAUCUAGUAUUGAGUUUGACAAGGAUAGUGAAUAUUUCGCGAUUGCCGGUGUCACAAAGCGAAUAAAGAUUUUCGAUUACUACAGUGCUAUACGGGAUGCAGCAGUGGACAUAAAUUACCCAAUCAAUGAAAUGGUAUGCAACAGUAAAAUCUCUUGCGUGAUAUGGAACAAUUAUUUCAAAGAAGUUUUGGCAUCGAGCGAUUACGAGGGGAUUGUUUCAGUUUGGGACGUCAGCACUAAAACGCGAACAAAAGCAUAUGAGGAGCAUGACAAACGAUGUUGGUGUGUGGAUUUCAAUGAGGUGGACACUAGGUUGCUAGCAUCCGGAUCUGACGAUGCUCGCGUUAAACUGUGGUCCCUCAAUGUGGAUCAUUCGGUGGCAACCAUCGAAGCACGUGCGAAUGUGUGUUGUGUUAAGUUCAACCCGAAAAGCUCGUGCCAUCUAGCGUUUGGCUCAGCUGAUCAUUGCGUUCAUUACUAUGAUCUACGUAACAUUAAGGAACCACUAUGUGUGUUCAGAGGCCAUAAAAAGGCUGUAUCAUAUGUGAAAUUUUUAAACACUACUGAGAUCGUGUCGGCUGGAACAGACGGUCAACUAAAGUUGUGGAAUAUCAAUUCGCCACCUUAUUGUCUGCGGUCCUUCACCGGCCACAUAAAUGAGAAAAACUUUGCGGGACUGGCUACCAACAAUGACUACCUGGCCUGCGGUAGUGAAGAUAACUCUCUGUGCGUGUAUUAUAAAGGUUUGUCGAAGCAGCUGUUUAAUUUAAAAUUUUCACCGAGCAGCACAAAUCGAUCUAUCUCCGAUAGCGAGCGAAACACAGAAAGCAACGAUUUCGUGUCAGCUGUUUGUUGGAGAAAGCAGAGCAACAUAAUAAUCGCCGGUAACAGUGAGGGUAUUAUCAAAAUCCUCGAAAUAGUAUAACUUCUAAAGGAACGAUAUGCUGUUAACCAGAUAAUUUGUUGCUUAAUUUAUUUUGACAUACACAUGAGACAUUAGAAAUCACAUAAUUAACAAAACAUGAACAUGAGUGAAAAUCCAAACGUUUUAAACAAUGUUAAUAAAAGUGAUAGAAUACGAUAGAGAAGAAGCGCUUUAUUUUGUUAUACACAUUUUUCAAAACUAGUAAUUAGAAGUUACUAGAUUUUAGCGCCAAGAGUAAGAACUCCCUCAUUAUCGAGAUCGAACUGAACUAUGUAAGAAAAGAACACGAUGAGUAUGAUAUCAAACACUGUUUACAAUAAACAAUAACAGUUUGCUGUACCAUCCUUUCAAUGUUAGUGUAGAUUAAAUGCGAAAGAGUCAAUUAAAUUGAAAGCCAAGAGAGAUAAUAUCUGUAGUUUGAAUAUAAUUAGCUAACACUAACAAGAAAAGCUAGUUCCAACAAACAGCAAAGAUGUAGAGAUAUUUAUCUUUGUGUGUAACUCUAGUAGACAUAACAUAAUAAGACACUCCUGGAAAUUGAUGGACAUAUGGGAAUGUUCUCCCUAUUUUUCUAACAUGAAUCUACUUCAAUAACGAUAUCAAAGCGUACAACUGACUGCACUGAUAUAAUUAAUAGAAGAAAAAACUAGUGUGAACCAAUCACACUUUGUGUAUACACCAUUGUAUAAACGGAAAUCCUACUGCACCUCGUUAAUUUUAAAUCAAUAUUAAAGUACCUUGUCACAUAAAUCA